AUGAAGUCUACAAUUUCAGAUAUUUAUGUGGUAUCACCAAAAGCACGAUUUUUACUACAGUUUGAUUCUCGUCGUGUCACUAUCAUUAUUCAAGAACAUUGGACAUCUCGUGAUGUUAUACGUAUAUUUGGGGCGAUCACGUAUUUUGGCAAAUUUGUUCGCACCGUAACGAUAAGCGCAUCGAUUAUGGAACUAAUGAUUGCCGGUUUAUCAUCAAUGGAUCUGACACGAUGGCAUGCAUUUCAGUGCUAUCUAAAAGCCUUUAAUCAUAGCAAUUUAGAAGAUGCAGUACAUAUUCACUGUGUUAAGGGUAACACCGAUACAAUUCUAAUGCCAAGGCUAACUGAGCUAACAAUAUAUGUAUCACCAAGUGAAUUCUCAUGUUUGUCACGCUAUAUGGACUAUGGCGUUAGCAGUAAUUGCAUUUAUUCGGUCACUAAUCUAUGUCUUUUACGGCUAAAUUUACCGGCCAGGCAGUCAAUAUUUCCGCAUAACAGUGAACCGUUUCAUCGCCGUCGAUGCAAUCAACAUAUCCGAUCGUUUAGGCAUUGGUCAAAUGCAUCAUCGUUACAGGAAAAAUAUUGUCAAAAAUACAGUUGA